CAGCCGGUGCCUUUAAAUGAUCUGAUUGGCUGGCUCUGGCUGCACCGUCUUCUGAUUGGCCUAGCGAUUCCCCGCGUCCUACCCCAUAUGGCAAGCACAUGAACAAAACAUAAACACAAUUCAUCGCAAUUAUUAUUUGUUUCAGCUGCAAGAAAGUGGUACACAAUGCUCAAUUCUGUAAUGCGAACACUGCCUAGUGUGGCCUGCCAGGUCCGAAUGUUCAGUCAGAAAGCACCAAAACUAGCAAAAAGAAACGUAAUCCACAAAAUCAACGCCGAGAACAAACUUCUUUUUGGCAUUUUGCUGAACCCCAUGACGGCCACCCAAAAGGUUGCGAAACCGCGUACAAGAAAAUCCAAAAAACAAGAUAAAUCUCCAGAUCAAGAAAUUCCUUCCCAAGGCCAAGUAUUGAGUCUCAAUAAUUUGAAGCCAGAAUCGGUAGUUCCAGCAAAGCCGAAACGUUCAUAUAAAAAGAAAACUCUGGAAAAUCCCAAGGAAUCUGUGAAAGAAGAGAGUUCUGGCUUUAAUAUUUUAGAAGUCAACACUGAUAACAUGUUGCGCUUUCCCAUGAUUAACUCCUCAAACCAAAUUGUAAGACUGCCAGCGACAGUCAACCUCAAGCACAUUCCGUAUGUCACGAGAGUCAUCUCUGGUACUAUGUCGGAAGAAUCAAAAGCAGCUCUCGAAAGAUGGGAGAGCAACUUAACAGCAACUCUCGGAAAGGAUGGUUUCCAAAAGCACAAAGCUGAGUUGUUCCUUCGAGGGUCUCAAUUCCACUCGAUUAUUCACAGCCAUUUGUUGGGAAAGCCAUAUUCUGUACCAAGCGAGAUCGAAGGCUGCUGGACAAGUCUCUCGAAAGUUCUACCUGACGUCGGAAAAAUCAUCAGCCUCGAAAGCCCUGUUUGCCACCCUAGCUUGCAGUACAGAGGAGCCAUCGAUUGCUUGGCCGAAUUCAGAGAAGAACCUAUGAUUGUGGAAUGGAAAAAAUCUGAUAGGAAAAAACCUUUCAUUCAAUAUACCUACGACGCACCUAUUCAAAUGGUCGCCUACAUUGGAGCAAUGAAUUUUGAUCCUUCAUACCAACAGAAGGUCAAACUAGGCACUGUGGUGGUUGCCUACACAGACGGGUCUCCAGCUGACGUGUUCUGCUUGAACUCUGCGGAAUGCGACUAUUAUUGGAAAUGGUGGUUGAUCCGACUGCAGGAAUAUAAACAAAAACAUCCAAAUCCAGUGCCAAUGCAGUAUACUGUUUAAUCAAGAUUUUCACAAUAGUUAUAUUGAAUCUUUACAAACCCCCUUUUAAUUUCAAAGCUAAAUACAUUUAAUAAAGCUACUGGAUCAGA